UGUUGCGUGCUUACGUACCGUGAUACACCGCCACGUUCAGCAUUGUAUUACGUAUGGCUUAAUUGCUCUUGCUAAACAUCUACUCAUUUGUAAAGAGAGCGCCUGUCGGUCGGUCAAAGCUUCUCGUUUGACGGGAUCGCGAUCCACUAGCUUUUACAAAUAAAAAAAUAGAAUAGCAAUAAACUUUUUUUUCACUGGUAUAGUGCUGUCGUUACGGUAACGAUAAUGAUCACUACGUGAGUCGAAAAGUAUCUUAAUUCAAAUUUACUGACGAUUUGACAACAAGAGUUAUAGAUGUUGUUAUCAUUUUGUCUUGACGCCAUCAAGACUGCGAAAGGAAAAGUCUAAGUGUUGGUUCAGUGCUUAACUGUCAAAAAAAAAAAAAUAGUGCCAAAACGGAUACGUAAAUUUGAAUUGCAGUCCAUUGCGGUGCACUUAUCGGCCGGUGUUAUCUAACUCUUAACUGAUCAUCCACGAAUUAGAACGAACUGACGGCCUAAUAUUGGCUGUUUUACUUUCCACAAGGAUAUUGCUUCUCGUAGAAAAAUACAUGCUGUCAUUAUGGCAAGCACCAGAAACAGAAUGCGUAACAUUCUGCGGAUCUGUCUUAUGGGAAUGUUACUGCAAUGCGUGAUCAGGCGGGAUUUCGUCUCUGCACGAAGAAGCCGUCAUCUAGUGCACCAUUCGCGUCUGCCGAUGUCAGGCGAAGGAAACUUGGACCUCAACCGUUACAACCUCAAUCACUUCAACCACUUGGAACGGGAGCGACCUUCAAUCAACCGGACACUUACCCCGACCAACGUUACUGGACAGCUUGGGGCAACCGUUUAUUUGCACUGCGUUGUCCACAACCUCGGCCAAAAAACGGUGACGUGGCAUCGACAUUCCGACUAUCAUGUCCUCACCGUCGGUUUAAUGACUUAUACCACCGAUGAGCGAUUUUCAGCUGUUCGAAGCGAGCUACCUACCGUGUUGGCGUCAGGUACCCUUAGUCCUACUGAACCCCCUUCUGCAAUCGGCCCAAUUGAAGAUUGGAUGCUACAAAUCCGCGGCGUGGCCGAGUCGGAUGCCGGAGAAUACGAGUGCAACGUAAAUACACAACAUCCUAUCAUCAGCCUCAACGUCACGCUGAGCGUUCUAGCCCCACACGCGUCGAUAGUCGAAUCUCCCGAGCUUUACGUUAAUCGUGGGAGUACUAUAAAAUUAACGUGUAUUAUUCACGAUUGCCCUCAACCGCUAACGCAUAUCUUCUGGUACCAUCAGGAUAAGGUGAUUAAUUAUGAGCGACAUGCAAACAUUACAAUAGAACGAGCGACUCCCAGCUCCAAUGAGGUGAGUGGCUGGUCUGCAUCAGCAGGUUCCUGGAAUUCCUCCGGAGUACCGCAACGAGGUUCUGUCUCGACUCAGGUCUCUCGGCUGCUUAUACCCGCAGCAUCUGCCGAACAUUCGGGUCGAUACACAUGUGCUCCGAUACAUUCUAAUGCGGUUGUCGUGCACGUUCAUGUGCUCCACGCGGAGGAACAUUUGGCUCGCAAAUCUCACGAAGCCUCAUCAGCUGGUUCUACUGGUAGCCCGGCUGAUCGUCCCUGGUCGCUUUCCAUUCACGCCAGCCUGUCGUUGCUUGCACUCGAGCUUUUCUUUUUGUUGGUAGUUGCGAGCACCACGUGACAGCAGCUUAAUCUCCGGUCAUGUCGAUCGGAUUUCCAGUCGUCAAACGAGUUAUCUUCAUCAACUACAGCUAGAACUGACGCUAAUUCCAGCUUGAUACGCAAAAUGAAGUCAAAGAUGUGCACAAAACUGUUCACAGCCAUUCCUACCUCAGAGUCCGAGGACUUCAUGCAAAGCCAUCAUAUCAACGCCACCCGAAGCGCUGAAACAAUGCAGGUUCAGCGUUCAGCGGGCUGCACCCUCCAGCUUCAGGCAACAGGGUGUACAAUCGCCUUGGGCACCGAGUUACCACUCUCAGGACGGGAACGCGAUGGACCGAACUUUGUGUAGAGAAAACGAACCACUGGUGCAAUGGUCUGCCAGUUAUUUGUAUGUUUAUCUAUAUAGAUAUUUAAAAAUAAAGCUCCUUUAGAACAUGUUGCUAAUGUGGGUUGAUUUAAUUGGAAACUAAUUUAUACAGGCUUGAAGCAUUACUACUGCUAUUUUACGUAUGGUACCAAUGCCUAAAUACAUCAUCGAGAGAAAGGAAACGGAAGAAUCUAUGAGAAAAUGAACAAAAAACGAGAUAGUUAGCAUGCCCCGGUUGUUUUCAUGGGGUCGUCUUUGUACAUUACUAGCAUAUCAGGACAGAUAUGAACGACGGCAAGGAUAACUGCAAAUAUAUUCGCCUAUAUGGACGACAGAUUUAGAAAUAAGCUUCAGAUGGACGAGUGCUAGUACAUCUCCGGAACGAUAUAAUUCUUUACAAGAAACGAUGGUCCAGUGAACAUCCGAUCUCAGACGAAGGCCACAAAGCACCAACUAAAUUUUUAACGAUGUAUACUAUUAGGACGUUGGCAGGCUUUGUUACCUGCCGGAUGUGUUCGUCUUCGCAUAUGACUCUGUGGGUUGUUGUUAAAAUUUUCUAAGGUUGAUAAGGUAAAAACGCGAUCGUAUUUAAUGCCUUUUGUUUCAGCAAAAAUGUCGUGCGCAGAAAGAGCGUUGCCGCACAGAAGCAAAUGCUGAAUUUACCAUGUUAAAUCUGUGUUUGAAGAGGAUAUCUACUCUAGUUGAAUUAACUAACGUUACGUUAUGUGAUAAUAUAUCUUAACUUUGAUUUUUUGCGGGCUGUUGAUCGGUGGGUAACUUUUUGCGCCGUCCAUACCGUCCCUGAUACCGUAGACGAUUAGUGAUCGUGUGUCUAUUCGUCUAAUACAUUUAAGUUGAACAAUGAAAUACAACAUCUGUGAUAUAACUGUACAUAUA